GAAGUUGAUUUUAUAUAUAUAAUACCUCAUAUAUAUUUUUUACAGGUUUAAAUUUUUUAACGAAUAAAAGUACAUUUACGAAAACAAAUCAUAAAAUCACAACUUCUAGGUCAUUGCCAUCUGGUGGCCGAGAUCGAACUUUUUUAUGGUACAUAAUGGAUUCCAAAGAAACUUUUUUCGCAUUGUAUAUGGUCGAGCCAGAAGAUCCUAAUGAAGACUUAAAGGAGCUUCCUUUUUACAACUAUGUAUUUGAAGAUGAUGAAGAAAACUACGUAAAAGAAAGUCCUUUCAGACAGGAGGAAAAUAUCCAAGAGGAUGACUUAGAACUAGCAUUGCAAAAAGUUGUAGUAUCCGCAGAGGGCUUUUUUCCAACAGAAGCCAGUGAACUUGACGAGAACUAUAAUUUAACAUGUUUUAUCUGUUAUGAAAAUAGUCCACACUCGAUGAUGUUGUAUUGUACACAUUGUGAUCUUUACAGUUGCUAUGGUUGUUUUGCAAGACAUGUAUUCUCCAAAAUAGCUGAAGGAUUUGUUCAAAUAUAUUGUCCUGGUGAUUCCUGUUCGAGAGUAUUAUCAGAUCAAUUGUUGUCAGCAUUUGCACCAAACACUAUACAGAUAUAUUUGAAAAAUAGGGUUGAACUUGAAAAUAAUCCUAAUAAAAAAACUUGUCCGGGUUGUCACAAAAUUGAAGUUAUAAAUGCACACGAGCCAAAAAAUAAGAUAAAAUGCUCAUCUUGUGAAACAACAUGGUGUUUCCCAUGUCAUGCUCCAUGGCAUUCUAAUAUGACUUGUGAAAAAUAUAAAAAAGAUGUUGUUGGUCCUGGUAAAAAAGCAUUAAAAUAUUGGGCAAAAUCGAAAUUAAAGGAUAGUAGUAAUGCCAGAAAAUGUCCCUCGUGUCACUUUUACAUUGAACGGAUAUCGGGUUGUGAUCAUAUGAGUUGCAGCAAAUGUAAAACUGACUUCUGUUACCGUUGUGGUAGACAACACCGUAGUUUUGGUUGGUUCGGGGAUCACCAUAGUACAUACAGUUUCUUGGGAUGCAAGUAUAAUCUCCAUCCAAAACGUCCUGCAUUGCGAAUUGCAGUACGUACGUCUGCUACAUUUGGUGUUCUUCUUGCUGCUCCAGUCAUGGGAUGUUUAUGCAUUGCAGCUGGAGCUGUUGUCAUCGCUGCAAGUCCCAUUCUCAUCCCUGUUAAGAUUUACAAGAAGUGUCGAUGACGUGACAUAUUUUAUAAUAUAUCUAUCACUUUAUGUUGUUUCACGGCAGUUAUGAAAACAAUAUUGUUUAUUUAUGAUUUUAAUUGAUGUGGUCACGGGCAUCUCCCCAAGAAUAUUACGUCUGGCAUCUUAACUCACUGUUCUUUAUACUGGACCUGGUCAAUUUUUUAGUUUUUUAUAUAUAUAUUUUUUGUUUGUAGUUUUUAUAUAUAUAAUGCUUGUAAUAUUUUGUAAUAUUCUUAUUUUUUAAAUAUUUUAUACUAGAACCAUAGAAGAACGGAUUUUUUUAUUUUAAAAGAAGCUAAAGUAUGUAAAUUUUGUGUUGUGUUGUGUGCUAUUUUGUUGUUAUAAACUGUGUAUUUUGGGAGCUUUUUUCGAUUUCUAGCAAAAAGUGUUUACAAAUCAAACUUUUUACAAACAUUCUUAAUGAGAAGAUGUAGGCCGAGCAUUUUCUUCUCUUAAUUUUGGAUUUUUUCCUUCCUACCUUGUUGUCAAAACCACACCUUAUAAACUACGAGUAUGUAUGUGUGUAUUUAAAAGAAGGUAUGAAUAUGGUGAUUAUUUCUGGUGGUAAAAGUA